UGCAUAUUGAACACGUCGAACUUCAACAGUACAUAAGUAAAGCAAAGCCGUUCCUCCAUUCCCUCCAUUCCUUCAAAAAUGCGCAUCUCUUCCCUUUUAAAAUCAUCGCUACUCAUCGCUGGGGCUGUCAUUCCAUGGCGGGCAGCGGCGGGUGAAGGUCCCAGCGAUGUCAUAGACCUUACUUCAGCCAACUUUGGCGCUGAGACGCAGAAGGCUGGCCUUUUACUGGUCGAGUUCUUUGCGCCGUGGUGUGGCCAUUGUAAAGCGCUCGCUCCUCACUAUGAGGAAGCUGCAACGGCUUUAAAGGAGAAGAACAUCACGUUGGCGAAGGUCGAUUGCGUUGAUCAGGCGGACCUUUGCUCAGAAAAUGAUAUACAAGGUUACCCAACGCUGAAGAUCUACAGAAAGGGGAAACCGACAGAAUAUGGAGGGCCUCGCCAAGCUGAUGGCAUCAUCAGUUACAUGACCAAACAAUCUCUCCCGGCCAUCUCGACUGUUGCCUCUGAGAAUCUCGAAGAAUUCAAGGUCGCUGAUAAGGUCGUUGUGCUUGCGUAUGCUACUUCUACCGAAGAAGCCCCCAUUCCUGCCUUCUCUUCCGUUGCUGAGACCUACCGUGACGAUUACCUGUUCGGUUUAACAACCGAUGAGGCGGCCAUCAAAGCGGCUGGCGUCACCCCACCUGCUAUCGUUCUUUACAAAAAGUUCGAUGAGGGUCGCAACGACUUCCCUUCCGAGAAAAUCGCUUCGCCGACCCCCAUUGCCAAAGAACGAAAGGGCGUCGUUAACUUCGUCUGGAUCGAUGCGAUCAAAUUCGUUGAACACGCAAAGUCUCUUGUUCUCACAGAGGCUAAGUGGCCAAGCUUCGUGAUCCAAGACAUCAAAAGUCAGCUCAAGUACCCAUUGGAUCAAUCCACUGAGGUCAAUUUCAAGACCGUCGAUGAAUUUGUCAAGAAUUUUGUUGCUGACAAGUUACAGCCCAAGUUGAAGACCGAGCCUGUUCCCGAGGAGCAAACUGAGAAGUACUAUAAAGUCGUCGGGGAAACCUUUGAGAAGGUUGUUUACGAUGAUGAUAAGGACGUUUUUCGUCCAGUUCUCUGCACCAUGGUGAGCAAAUGUUACUUCCGUUCGAUCGGCCUAUGCACUCAAUGGAUUUCCAAUUUCAGGUGCGGACACUGCAAGCGCCUACUGCCCACCUGGGAGACCCUUGCUGAAACCUACGCGGACCGCGCCAAUCAAAUUACCAUCUGGCUACCUACCCUCAAAUUCAAGCCCGCAGGGUCUCGCGAGUUCUUUGACUACGAUGGCGAUCGUUCACUCGAAUCUCUCAUCGAGUUCAUCGAGUCUAAGGCGAAGAAUGACCUGACGAAGCCAGUUGCCAAGACUGCUGAUCCGGCGGACAGCGCUCAACGCCCUGCAGCUACGCUUCAUGAACAACAUCAAGAAUUAUGA